UGUUUAUGGAAUUAGCUCUGAGAGACUCCCCAUUGGUCCUGUGCCGCCUCCUCCAGGCCACCUUUGCAUUGGAAUGUGUUCCUCAGAGCCUCUUCCAUCAAGGCUGUUGCUCUGGUACAAUCUGGCUGAUUUCCUGUACAAUUCUUUCUUCCUUUUUUCCUUUAAUGAAGGAAUUUCAAUGCUUUGAAUUGUCAUAUGCUCAUGAAAUAUUGACAUCUGGAAGGACAUUUGAGGUCACUCUGAAAAACUCCUGUCAAAGUAUGUUCAAAGCAUGUUAGGUCAGGAUGUUUCUUUCUCUGUCUUCUCCAGUUUUAAGUGUCGCUAUAGUCUCUCAGUUUUGGUACCUUCCACACUUUUGUGUGACUUGGUGCUCUCUUAGUGAGUGAUGAAUGAGUCUGUGGGGUUGUCCAAGCAUUGCAAUCAGGUGUAAUCCCUAAUUAGAAAAUUGUUGUAGAUGGGUCUGGUAUUUACUGAGAAAUGCACCUGAGGCUUCUGCCCUUGUUGCAUCACUACAUCUUUCUUCACCGGUGAAUUUUUCUGCUUCUUCACCUGGGUAUUUCCAAAGCUGGAAUUUGGAAGAACGCGUCAGGUUGGAGGCUCUCAGUUUGAGAAGCAGCCUUUCAGUCUGAAGGCAGAUCUAGGAAAAUUUUGUCUUGGUGAUGGCUGUGUGCAGUCUAUCAGCAAAUUCCAGGAGUCUCAAGGGGCUACAGUGAUUUGGCAGGUGGUGCUCAAAGGUGAAAGAGCUGACAAAGUUCUUGUUAAAGAACACAAGGCUUAUCUGGUGCAUCCCCCCACGUUCAUCAGCUGCCUGAACUCUGAUGCCGGAUAUGCAGCCUUUUAUCACAUUAGUGAUUACAAAUUAACUACACAGCAAAUAAAGCAGGGAUACAAGGCUUGGCUGGGCACAGAUUGCUUGAAGGUGUGGAGCAGUGUCGGUGCUGCAGUGCUGUCGCGGGUUUCCUUCCCUGGGAGCACUCACCUGAUCCCUGCAGGAAUGGCCCCAGGGCUCAGUGCUUCUCCACCACUUGUGGUUCUGCUCCUGUCCCUGCUGGGUCUGGCUGCUGCUGGGAAGCUCCUGGUGGUGCCAGUGGAUGGGAGCCACUGGCUCAGCAUGCGGGAGGUGUUGGACAUUCUCCAGCAGAAGGGACAUGAGGUGGUUGUGGUGGCACCUGAAGUGACUAUGCACAUCAAGCCAUCCAAGAACUUUGUGAUGAAAAGUUAUCCAGUGCCUUUCACAAAGGAAGAGCUGGAUGAAGUUGUCCAAGGAUUAAUAAAGGAUGUAUUUGAAGAAGGAUCUUUUCUGGAAAGGGUUAUUAGACUUUAUCAACGGGCAAAACAAAACUCUGCUCUGUUCCUGGCCACCUGCACCCACUUACUCCACAACAAGGAGCUCAUCAGGUACCUUGAGGAGAGCAAGUUUGAUGCUGUCUUCACAGACCCUUUCCUACCCUGUGGGGCAAUCCUGGCUGAGCAUCUUUCCCUGCCUUCCGUGUAUUUCCUGCAGCAAAUGCCAUGUCGUUUGGAAUUCCAGGCCACCCAGUGUCCCAACCCCCCUUCCUACGUCCCCAGAGCAUUUACAGACCUUACAGACCACAUGACCUUUCUCCAGCGGGUGAAGAACCUGCUCUAUGACAUCCCCAAUUUUUUCCUCUGCGAUGUUGUCUUCCAACCUUAUGCAGAACUGGCUUCAGAAUUCCUCAAGCGGGAGGUGACUGUGCCAGAUCUCCUGCGCCAAGCUUCCAUUUGGCUCAUGAAGCUGGACUUUGUCUUCCACUUUCCAAGACCCUUGAUGCCCAACAUGGUUUUGAUUAGUGGUGUAAAUUGUGCUUACAAGAAGCUAAAUCAGGAAUUUGAAGCCAUUGUGAACGCCUCUGGAGAACAUGGCAUUGUUGUCUUCUCUCUGGGCUCCAUGGUGUCCGAGAUUCCCGUGAAGAAAGCCAUGGAAAUCGCAGAGGCCUUGGGAACAGUCCCUCAGACGGUCUUGUGGCGCUACACGGGCAAGACACCCUCCAACCUGCCCAAGAACGUGAAGCUCGUCAAAUGGCUGCCUCAGAACGACCUCCUGGCCCACCCCAAGACUCGUGCCUUUAUCACCCACGGAGGCUCCCACGGUGUUUAUGAGGGAAUAUGCAAUGCAGUGCCCAUGGUGCUGAUGCCUCUGUUUGGGGACCAGAUGGACAACGCCAAGCGAGUGGAGUCCCGGGGCGCAGGGCUGACCCUGAACAUCCUGGAGAUGACUACCAGUGACAUUUCCAACGCCCUGAAAGCAGUGAUCAACGACAAAAAGUACAAGGAGAACAUCCAGCGCCUCUCGGACCUGCACCUGGACAGACCCAUCCACCCUCUGGACCUGGCUGUGCACUGGGUGGAGUUUGUGAUGAGGCACAAGGGGGCCCCUCACCUGCGCCCCGCUGCCCACGACCUCAACUGGGUGCAGUACCACUCGCUGGACGUCAUCGCCUUCCUGGCGGCCGUGGUGCUGCUCUCCCUCUUCAUCGCCUUCAAGUGCUGCCUCUGCUGCUGCCGCCGGUGCUUCUGCAAGAAGGGCAGGACGGGCAAGCCCGCCAAGGCCAAGUCCCACUAGUGCCUGGGAAUGGUGCUAGGGGACAAAGCUCCUGCUCCAGGGGGCGGGGAACAGCUCAAAUUACACUGCAAUAAAUAAAACGCGACGAUUUUCAGUCAAGGAAUGAUAGGGAUCCUUUGGAACAGCACCACGAGAAGGCUUGUUCCGCUGAUCUGAUUUUUGGCCUUUUAAUUAAGAAUGGGCCUAAUUAAUUAAGAAUGUUAAAAAUGCCUUGUGUAGGAGUGCUGCAGUCACUUGGGAAGGUCUGAGUGUGAAAUCCAAGGCCCCUGGCUUCCACCUGUCAGUGUGCAGAGGACUCUCAGUGACUUUUUCUUUUAACCUCUACCUGCAGCAGAGAUAUGUAAGGAUUUUGGAGGACUUAAGAACCAUCUGGUCAGAUUUCUGUUUGAAAUCUCUGUGUGGCUGCUGUUGUAAGCAAAUGUUGUACACUCACAAUUCCCAUCACGCAAACCAAGCUUGAUGCACAUCUUUGUGUGUGUUUACAAGACCCUUAAAAAACCCAAGGUUUCUGGCAGGGAAGCUGCUGGAAAAGCACUGCUGUUUCCCCCAAAUUCCCCAUCAGGCAGAUGUGCUGUACCUGAAUCUCACCUGCUGGUAAGGAGAUCUUUGUAAGCACUGCUUAUAAACCCCCACAACUGAUUUGCUCUUGGUAAGUGAUGCUCAGGGAAAGACCCCAAACCCCAGCCCUAUAAAUAAACCCCAAAUACUAAAAAUAAA